AAACUUUCGAACACAAUCAGCUGUCAAAACAAUUUUCAGUCGUCCCCGCAUAAUUUUUCCCGGAGCAGAAGCAGUGGAGAAAAGUGGAAAAAUUAUCCUCCAACUAGGAUUAGUGAAGUGUUACAAAUGUUCAGCUGAAAACAUAGCUUGUGCUUUUUAUUAUCAAUUUAUGGCAUACUAUCCGGCGCUUCGCUAAGUUAUCGUUUAACGCCGAAAACAGUUCCAGCUAAGUCGGCCACCAGCUCGGGUCCUGGACACGGGCAAAUCCCGUCCUCGCUCGAAUGGAUGACGAUUUGACCGAGUACGCACCGGACAUUCCGGACAAUGUUCUGGAGCUAAUAUUCUCCUACCUGAAGCUGCAAGAUCUGCGUAACUGUUCGCUGGUGUGCAAAAGCUGGAACCGCUUCCUGACGGACGAAAACAAUGAAGUGUGGAGGGCCCAGUGCAUGCAGAAGCUUUCGCCCGAGGCGUUCAAGACGGAUCUUCUUUCGGUGGUGCCGACCUACAAAUCGAAGCUGAGGGCGUUCUAUCAUGCCUGGAAUCCGUACGACUGCAGCCGGCAUGUGUAUAUCAAACCGAACGGGUUCACUCUGCACCGGAAUCCGGUGGCCCAGAGCACGGACGGAUCCCGCGGGAAGAUUGGCUUCCAGCAUGGGCGGCACGCGUGGGAGGUCAGAUGGGAGGGCCCACUCGGAACGGUGGCCGUCGUCGGUAUCGCCACCAAAGAUGCUGCCAUCCAGUGUCACGGAUAUUAUGCUCUUUUGGGUGCCGACGAUCAGAGCUGGGGCUGGAACCUGGUGGACAAUCUGCUGCUGCACAAUGGGGACGCCCACGGGAUCUACCCGUUGCUCAACAACGCUCCCAAGUACAAGGUGGGGGAACGGAUCCGGGUCAUAUUGGACUGCGACGACCACACGCUGUCCUUCGAGAAGAACUACGAAUUCCUAGGAGUGGCUUUUACCGAUUUACCGGAUAAGGUGUUCUUUCCAACGGUGGCCGCCGUUUACGGCAAUACCGAGAUCUCGAUGGUCUACCUGGGCCCACCGUUGGAUGGUUAGCUAGAAGAAAAUUUGGGAGAAUGUUGUAAUACCUACUGUGUGAUUGCCCGAGGAAUCUUUUUUCCUGCCCCGGUUCUAGUCCAGGAAAUCUUCAAAGCUGCGUAAAACAAUUAUUGUGUUCGAUAUACCGAGUACUGCUUGGUUCAGUGUAAACUAGAGGAUACUCUCGAGCCUUCGGUCUCUUUCUUCCGGGGUAUGCGUGUGGCGCCAUUUCGCGAGUGGCCGUCGGUUGUUUGUUGCAAAUUAGGUAAUGAAUGUUCUUGCGUCCAAUCAAACGGGAAACAAGGGAAAACACAGGAUGAGAAAAUUGUGUGGCAGAAGCUGUAGAUGAUCCCGAAACUCAGAUUGUAAACCACAAUCGUUCUUUGUAGACCUCUAUACCUUAUGCUAGCUAGAGCAUAUGAUAAUAAUUCAUUGUUCAUUUUUUGUGUAAGCUUAACACAUUGAUGGGUAGAUUUUUCUAGGAUAUUAUUAGUGCAAAAGUUCGUACUCUGUUAGUUGCCAUAAAAGUAUUAAGCUCAUGAGAUUUCCGUUUCAGUUUCGAUUUAUGUUUAACUUUUAAGAACAUUGCUAGACUAAGACAAUUUUACGAGGCUGUUAAAUUAUAGGUUUUUUUUUGUUUUAGUUUUUAAUUUUUUACGAUUUGAUUGAUUUUUGUUCAAUCGUACCUUUAUAGUCAGUCAGUCCAAAGAGUAAAGAAAAAAGAAGUUACUAUCUUAUAGUCACAGCAAUAAAAGGCAGUUAUUAUUUGAAAAUGCCCCACUUUUAGACACUCCCGCCCCCCCACACACACGAACACUUUCUAAUACUCUUUUACAAAAUUACACACAUCACGAACACGCGUACACUUAACAUAAAGAGAAUGGAUACACUUUACUUAUUGAAAAACAAAAAAAAAACUAUAUAUACUCUAUUUGAUGAAUACUUGAAAAAAAAAAAGCCGUGAUGCAGUGAUAUGGGCAAUGAAAUAUCAAUUGUACAGGAAUAUUCUGCGUAACUCGAAGCCGGUAGAGGCGUGGCGUGGCUAUGAAAGUGAAAAAUACAUCAAUGUGCAAUUGGCAGCGUGCUUUCGACCCUAGAGAAAAUCAUUCGCAUGCCACUUUGCCAGUUAU